AUAUAAAACCUUUAAUUUACUUGACUUCACCGUGCCGGUUAGAGAAGAUUAUUUUUUAGUUCUUUUUUUUUAGUUUAAUGUGAUACAAAUGUAUUUCUACUAUAAUGUCAAAACAAGGAAAAAGAAAAAUAUCUGUUGAAUUGCCGAAAACGAAAGAUCUCUCUAUUAGACCUAGUGUGUUUGAUCGGCUCGGUACUAAGAAAUCAUCAAGUGCUAAAAAAACAACUGAACAUUGUAGACAGUGGGCCCAACACGGCAGCUGUGCUUACGGCAAAAGUUGUAAAUUUGCUUCUACGCAUACUCUUAUCAGUCCUUCUAAACAACGCGCAGCUCAUAAAGACAAUGAUCAGAAACGUUUAGUGAAGGAUGAUGGGAAGACUAGAUUGCAUUCUACUGUUAUAGUGCGGUCAGGUCAAAGCCCCGAAGGAGAAAUCGAUAACUGGGACCAAAAUGACUUAGAGUAUGCAGACACAGAUGUCCUCGAAAAACGAAGACAGCAGUUGCAGCGUGAACUAGAAUUACAGAUGAAAAUGGAUUCAAACAAAGACAUGCGAAAAGAUAAAAAAAAAGUCGUGUCCAGUACGUCUUCAUCUAGAAGCUCUAGUUCUUCGAGUGUUUCGUCGUCUUCAUCAGACGGCAGCACAUCGUCAUCUUCAUCUGGAAGGGAAACUAGAAGGAAAACUAAAAAAGGAAAACUUAAACGAAAUUCCAGUUCUUCUUCAGAUGGAAACAUACCAACAAAAAAGAAAUACAAUGUGAAGAGUGAACUGUCCAAAAAAGAUAAAAGUGAUGUUAAAAAAAAUAUUACAAAAAAAGAUGAUAGAUUAAUAAAAAAGAGUGAUAGUUCCAAAAAGAAAUCAACUUCUAAAACUCCCAUAGGAAAAAAGUCACUAUCUCCAGGUAAAAAGUCUGGUGGUACUCCACCCAUAACAUCCAAGACACUUAUUAAAAGUUCGUCUAAACACAGUAAAUCACCCUUAAGAAGAGAUAGGAAUAGAAGUGUGUCUCCACAUUUUAGGGAUAAAGAAAAAGAACGAGAACGUAAUAAAGAGAAAGAAAGAGAAAAAGAUAGAGAUAAGGAUAGAGAAAAAGAAAGAGACAGAAACAGAGCACGUAGUAGAACUCCACGAAAAGGUCGUUCGAGAUCUCCUAGACAAAAUGCAAAGGAUAAUAGAAAAAGGGAGAGUCCUGAGAGAGGCAGGCCUGUGUCACCCAAAAAGCAAUCCCGCAGAGAUGGCAGUCCUGAUAGACAUCGAAAACGGUCUACUAGUCGUGAUAGGGAGAGAGGUCGUGAUCAUAAAGAUAGAUCCUUAGAGAGAAGAAAAGAAAAAUAUGAUGAUAAAGACAGGCACGAUCGUAAAGAUAGGGGUCGCGAGCGAAAAGAGGUUAAACGGGAUGAUAGUAAAAGAAGGGGUCGUGAACGAGGUCUUGGAGGAAGAAGUACAGGUGAUAAAGGUUUAGAAAAACCAAAUAAACCGAUGGAGAGACUUCUUCCAAGACCUGAAGAACGUCUAGCUGCACUAGCUGCCAUUUCAAAUAGAACUCUGGAAUCAGAUAAAAACUCGAAUACAUCAAAAGAUAGACAAGAUACACAUUCUGAACGCGGAGGUAGGAAGCCAGAACGACUUGAGAGAGAGCGGUCUAGUAAACGAGAUCGCUUGGGCAGCAAUGACAGAGAACAGGGUGAAUACAGUAUGGGUAUUGACAGACAAUAUGAUGAUCAUGGCAUUGACCAUUAUGAUAGAGUUAACGAUCGUUAUGAUGGCGUUACUAGAGAUGACGAUCGGUCACCUGGCUAUGGUGCACAAGGGCGAGAAAGACACUAUGAAGCGCCAUAUGAAAUUGCUGGUCCGCCGAGAGGAUUUCCUGAAGAAGAUGAUAGAAUCUAUAAUGAACAUAUGGGAGAUCACAGAGAUGUUGAAAUGUGUUAUAAUGAAAGACGACCACAUCGAGAUCGUUCUUGGGAAGGACGUUCAGGCUCUCUUGAUCGUGAACGUGCAUACAUGCAUCGAAAAGAUUGGGACAAUGAAGAUUAUCAUGCCAGCGGCGACUGGGGUCGAGAUAGACACUGGCCUAUUCAUGAUUCUCAGAUGAGAGAAUGGGGUGAUAAAGAUCCAGAAGAUAAUUGGCACCAUAGAGGUCAUCCUGGUCAACAUCGUGGUCGAAUACAUGAUGAGUAUGGUCGAGGCAUGAGAUUAGAUGUCGAUCGCGGUGACAAACGUCGAAAUGUUCGAAAUGAACCUGAUCAAAGUUCGAAAGAUACCGGUCAUCCUCAAACUUCUACAGCGUCUACUCGUCAAGAAACGGAAAUUGAAGAAAAACCAAUACCCGAUGAUCUUAGUGAAAUCAGUGAUGAUCCUGAUGAUAUAUUAAAUAGAGAAGAUAUGAUGGAUCAAAAUAAUGAAGAAGAAACUCAAAACCUGUCUGAAGAAGUGGCAAUAAAGCCUGAAAGUAUAGAAAAAGUGUCCGAGCAGGAUGCAAGUGCUGUUGGAGACGAAAAAGAAAUACAAGAUAACAAAGAUGAUGAAGAUGUUGCAAACUUAGACUUUGAGGAAAUAUCUGAUGGAGAACUGGAAGAGGAAAAAACAAGAGGAUUAGGUGACGCACUUGGCGUCGAUUGGGCAAGCUUAGUAGCGGAUGUGCGGCGUCGGGAACAAACAACGCCUACAAGCGGAGCGCGUGAGCGCUGGCGACCAGAGAGGGUACUUGCACGAGUAGGUCUUUCUGUACAUUUGGCUGGUAAAGAUUUGGUGAGCGAUAUAUUAAAAAACAACAAAGAAUUACUCCAAGCUGAGAAGACUGCUCAAGAUCAGAAAUGCGAAAAAUCUGAAAACUUGGUGCAAGAGAAUGGUUGUCAUGAUAUCCAAACAAGAAAGCUUGAAGAUAUUUCAGAUAUUCAGAUUUUACAUCCAGUAGCUUCUAUACAGGUGGCUAUGGAAAAGAGGAAACGUCAACGUGCUGUUUUGUUUGGAUCAGGAUGCGAGAUUACCAGAGGUCUGAGUGCAAGGCGCGAUUUGGCGUUACGCCGUUAUUUAUGUCACUUGCCAGCAACAGAACGAACUGGACAGUCUCGUGUUACACCACAGCCUUCACUGUUUGAGGCUGCUAAAGCUCUCUUGAUGCGGGCUCCUGUCUCUGGUUAAUAUGGAUUGAAAGAUAUUUUAAUGAAUAUUUCAGAUGUGUUGAUCACAAAUUAAAAUAAAGGACAGUUUAAAACACAAGGUUCAUUAAAAAGCUUGUGAAUCCUAAACAAUUGUUAACUGUGAAAGUGCAAUGAAAACUCACUAAGUUGAACGUGUGGUGGUACUUAUAACUUCUAUCUAUGCAGAACUCCGAUCAUUUUAUAAGAUUAAUUAUUCUUUAAACUCUUACUGUAGUAA